AUGGCACGAAUGGAGCCAGAACUACACGAAAAUGUGACUAUAGCUACAAAAACAUAUAGACACCGUACCACGGAUACACCACAUACAGUUAAUUCUCACGAUAUGAAUGAUUUAGUAACUGAUCAUAUUUUUAUUGCACCAUAUGAAAUAUGUGCUGCUGGUAUUGGCUUACUUUCGAUUUUAGUUAAUCGACAUAUUAUAGAUGCAUCUUUUUCAAAAUUAUAUCAAUUGAGUUUGAGACUUGGAUGGGAAAAAGUAUUCACUCAAGAACGACAAAAACUUAAACCUAAUGAUAUAUCAGUAAUGAAAUGUUUUGUAUUAAACAGAUUAUUACAGGAAUAUUUAAAAGAUUCACAUAGUUUUGUUAAAAGAUCAAAGACUUUAUAUAAUGAAAUUAAAUCGCGUAUGUCUACGGAUUUUCCACAAUGGACGUCACAAAAUUUAUUUGAAGAAGUUAAACGUUGGCAAGAUAUGCAACGUCGACGACGUUUGUUUUACUUUAAUCAUACAGAAUUACGACAAUUACCAGGUCUAUUAAUGCUACAUAAAGCUGCAACUAAUUGGUGUCAUUGUUUAAUAAAUCAUUUUCGGCAAAAUACUAAACUUUGGGAAACAGAAGGACGUAAUCGUUUCACCGAACACUUUCAACAUUCAUUUAUCAUUGUUGCACAACCAACUGGUUCUGAAGGUGCGGCAGCUACUCAGUAUAUCAAAAGUACAACUGGGCAUUUUGCGAAAUUAAACACACGUAUCAUCUGUCUACUAGAUCCUGUCAUACUCAAAGAUUAUAUAGAUUUAUCUACCAUAGAUGUAACACUCUAUCCUUUAAAUCGUGAAACUAAUGAUAAGAAAGAAAAACAAUUACCAAUUAAAUGGCAAAUACAAAAAGUAAUGAGUGCUGAAGGUACUCCAGUGUCUAUUUUUUAUGCUGAAGUUAAUACCCUUCAACUUGGUACACAUGAUUCCGAGAGUAAACGUCUUCCAUUAAAUUCAACACUUUGUCAAUUAGAAUUUCGAUGGAAAAUUAAAAUAAACGAUCCUGAAUAUGAAGAAAAUAUUGUAUUACUGUCUCAACCAUUCGGAAUUUGUUCUCAUGCACAAUAUUUUCCAAAAUUUGUUGCACAAAUAUUUCUCCAUGAAAUGAAACAAAUUUUAAAUCAUCAAAAUACAACAACAGAUCCUAAUAUAAUUACUGAAUUUAUUCGUCGAUAUUAUACACGUAUGACCGGUGUUGAACUCACUGAUCAUACAAAUCGAUACAUACGAGAAGUAUUUGCUAAAGCAAUUGAUGAUGUCAAGAGUACACGAACAAUGAAUACAUUAGAUAAUACAUAUGAAGAUUUAUUAGCGAAAAUGAUAAGUCAAAUUGAUUUUUUAGUUCUACAUCCAGUUUUAUCAUUGAUGUAUGAUGAUAGUCUUUUUCUUGGUAUAUGCAACAGUACGGAAGUAGAUAAAAUGUUGAAUGGUACUCGAGAAGAACCUCAUCUAUUAUUACGUUUUAAUACUCUUACAAAUCAUCAAUGGAAUUCAAAUGCUAUUGUUCAAUUUAUUAUUCAUGAUGGUAAUUUAAAGCGGGCAAGCUUUGAUACAAAAACAUUUGCGAAUGAAAUGUGUCGAUUGAUUUGUGAAUCGAUGAGUGAUAAAAUCAAACCAGCUAAAGUUUUAUCUACUAUGUCACCACGUAUUUUUACGGAUUUUCAAUGGUAUUUUCAUGAAGAAUUAUAUCGAUUGAAUAAAAUGUCACUACCAAGUAGUGAUUCAUAUGAUCCAUUAUUACCUAUUCUUUGGAUGACUAUGAGACAAAAUGAUUCUAAUAAUCCUCCACAAACAAGUACUGUUUCUAAUAAUAGUAUUCAACGAAAAAAAAGAAAUUAUUCGGAUUUAUUACCAACUAUAGAAUCUGUGUCAUCGGAAGUUCGACCAAUUCCUAUAAAUGUUAUUGUACAUGUAAAUAGUAUAGAUGAUAAUUUAUUACAACAAAAUACUUCCUCGAAUGAUUUUCAUCGUUCUAUGAUUCCUCAUUCUCGUAUUGAUGUUAAGGUGGGAAGAGGUGAGAAAAUCGAUCAAUCAGAUAAUCCAAAGGGUGCUAAAAAGAAUCGACAAUGGGUGGUUGAAAUGCCUGACGAUACCGAUAUAUCUCCUGCAGUUAUAUUUAGUUAUUUAAGUGAAAAAUUUCGUAAUCUACCUGAUAAUCAAAAUGAACAUGCAUCUUCCAAUAAUAUUCAUCGAGCAAACCAAGGACAAAUAUCUUCAUCAAAUAUGAUAUAUUGUAAUGGUUCUAAACGUAUGAAAUCACCUAUUAAUAAUUCUUCAAAUAUACCUUCUGAAAUUUCAAAGGUUGAUUUGGAUCCAGUAGCUAAUGUUGGUCUCAACAAUACACAAAAUCAGAUACAGAUUAAACAGGAACCAUGUGAUGUUGAUUAUGCUAUUUUAACAGAUACAAUGUUAGUGUAA